UAGCACUAGCAUAUAAAAUAAAUACUGUGAAAGAUAACAUUAACUAAAAAACAAAAUUUGUAGUAAAAAGUAAGUAGUUUCUUAUAUUAUUUGAGUUAAUAAAAAUUAUUAAUUUUAAUUGUUGUUAUUAAUAAUUUUUAAUAGAUUCUUCGAUAAUGAAUUCUUUUUCAAUUUUAAUUUCUUUGAUAAUUAUAUGUUUAAGUAAAAAAUCUUUUGGGAACAAUAGAGUAAACUAUCAUGUUCCUAUUAGUCACGAUGCUUUAGUAAAUACUGUACUAAGACUUCAGUACAUUGAAAAUAUGUGUCAGACUAGUUACAAAAUGGAGGAAAAAUUUGAAGAACUAAAUAAACAACAAGAUGCUACAUUAAGGGUGUCAAUCAAAUGGUAUUUAGAAACUCUACAAUGUGCUUACAUGAAUGAAGUUUUAUUGCAUAUGUUAUUAACUUUUAAUUUAUUUGUGGCUGAGAAUAAAGAAUUUGAAAAAAAAUUUGAGUUAGUUGUGAAAUACAAAGCAAUAAUUCGAGAUAUGAUAGCCACGGCAUACAAUUUAGGAAGUAGAGAACUUAAUGUUUUGUGGAUAACCUACAUAUAUAUGGAAAAAUUACUAGAAGCUCCAACUUCCGAAAUUAUGUUUUUAAGAACAACGUCUACUGGUAAGAAUUUACCUAAUGUGGCAUUUAUACAUUCUGCAAUUAUUAAACGUUUAAAAACAACAUUAACCUCUUCCUAUUGUGGGGGUUAUGACAAAAAAAUUUUGAAUUUUGACGAAUAUGAGAUUUUUGAAUGCAAAGUAAAGAGUAAUGAUGAAAUAUGUAUUAUUAAUGUGGAAAAACAAAUAAAUAGUAAUAUUUCAAGUAUAGAACAGUUAAUGAAAAAACAUAAAGACAAUAAAGUUAUACCGGAAAAUCUAGAAUAUUUUACAACUGACCAAUUGUUCAUAUACGAUAUUGUUAAAUCUAAAGAUUUUAUGAAUGAUUUAACAAAAAAAUUUAUAGUGGAAAUUGAAUGGAAAAAUAUAACAGAUAAAUUAAUUAUGUUAAAUGAAAAGAGUCGUACUUUAGAUUCUUUAGUUAGUGGUUCCACUUGCUUAAUUGCUUACCAAAAAUUAUUUUUGAACUUUAUAAAAUUAAUCAUUGUUAGAAUGACACGAAAACACUUGAUAUAUCAAAGCAAAGCAACUAACACAUUAAACAAUAUCAAAAGUUUUUCAAAAAUAAAAGAAAAAAAAUUUAAUUACUCUAAAGAAAUAAUUGAUGUGUUAAAAGAUUUUGUGAAUUUUUUUCAAUUUACAAAAGAAGAUGAAUUAACAUCUAUUUUUGAAAUGUUACAAAAAUAUUUAGAAGUUAAGCAAUCCCAAAAUUCUAAAUUAACAAUAAGUGAAGUAAUAAAUUUUGUAAAAAAGAAAGAAACUGAGAUUAUUUCAAAAUAUUUUCACAAAACCAUUAAAGUCAAUAGUUUAGGAAUUAAAUCAGUAAAAUCAUCAACAUUUAAACUAAUUGAAGAAUUUGUAAAACAGAAAGGCAUCAAUGUUGAAAAUGUUUCUAGGAUCCAAUCAAUUGAUCUAAAUUUAAGAACUAUAAAAGUAUUAUAUAAAUAUUUAAAAGAUCAUAGUGCACUUAAAAAUAUGAACUUUGGUAUCAUUACUGCAUUUAUGACUUCUGACGAACGUUAUAUUGUAUAAUGACAAUUAUACUUAAUUAUAAUUAUUUAAUUAAUUAAAAAAUAUAAAGCUUAUUAGUUAUUUGACAAUUAAUCAUGAAAUAUGCAAAUAA